AUGGGACACCACUCUUGCUGCAACAAGCAGAAGGUCAAAAGAGGGCUUUGGUCACCUGAAGAAGAUGAAAAACUCAUCAACUACAUCACAAAUUAUGGACAUGGUUGCUGGAGUUCUGUUCCAAAACUUGCAGGCCUGCAAAGGUGUGGAAAGAGUUGCAGAUUAAGAUGGAUAAAUUAUCUAAGACCUGAUUUGAAACGUGGAAGCUUCUCUCCUCAAGAAGCAGCCCUCAUUAUUGAACUUCAUAGCAUUUUAGGGAACAGGUGGGCUCAGAUAGCCAAGCACCUACCUGGAAGAACAGAUAAUGAGGUGAAAAACUUUUGGAAUUCAAGCAUAAAGAAGAAACUCCUUUCUCAUGAUGUUAUUCCUCCUUUGGCCACAUUUUCUGAUUUUCACAGCCCCAUCAAUAUUGGCUCCAUGGAAAGUUUGUUCCCUUUUACUGCAAACCCUAAUGUGAUCUUAAACCUUCACCAUCAUCACACAGACCAGCUCUACCUUCCCACUACACCAUCACCAAUCCUACAAGAUUUUGAUCAUAAUAAUGAUGUUAAGUUAGGCAUCCAGAGUUACAAUGCCAAUUUCCUUCAUAUUCAGAAUCCAGCACCAGAAACAGCAUUAGCAUCUUCCAAUCCAUCAUAUUAUGAAGACACAUGGCCAUUGGGUUGUGUAGCUCUACAUCUCAAUCCAAAUCAAGAAAAUCAAAUCACCAAAAGUGACACUACCUCACACUAUGCUCUUGACAAAUUCAUCAACCCAACUGCAUUGCAGCAAUAUGAAUGUCACUUGGUAGAACCCCUUGUGCCAAAAGUCAGUGAGAACAUUGAGGAUUAUGUUUGUAGCAUCCCAUUCUCAUCUGCUCCUCAGGAACAACAUGAGCCUACAGCAAAAUUUCAGUGUUAUCCACAAGAUCUAACUGUGGCAGUCAAUCAAUUAGAGUACAUUGAUGCCUUCAUGUCAUUGUUGCCAUCUUCAACAACUUCAUCAUCAGUAUCAAGCACCCAAAAUGUCCCAAACCCUAUUAUUCCUUCAGGAUGGGAGCCUUGA